UGGAAUAUUGAGCUGUCGACUUCACUUCAAAAUAUUGAUUUUAUUUACUUUUAUUAAAAAUAUUCAAAAAAAUAUAACGGAACGAAAAAAUCAAAAUUUUCAUAUGCGAAGCAUAUUUUGCACAAAUUUUAUAUGCAAAUUUCGAAAAAACUGACUAGAAACACACGAAGUAUUGCGGAGACUGCUGAAAACUAAAACGUUUCAGCGCAAUGUCUUUUCUAAAAAGACUAGCCCAAUGUGUAAUAGCAACGGUAAAAAACAAGAAUGUUACAAACGACAUAACAAACACUUUCUUUGACAUCGUGCGUGGCGAAUCGAAUAAGGUGCAAGCCAAUGAAGCGAAAUGUCCACCACAGCGAGAGCCAUUUCACAAGCGGAAUACGAAAGCUAUAUAUUAUCGCACAAACUGCGCCAAGCCGUAUCCCAUUUGCGGUGUGAAGAUGUUGUCAAUGAAAUCUUGUAGACCGCAGCGCACAUGGCUCUUGGAUGUGGAACGGUGUUGUACCGAACUCUGCAAGUGGGCUCAUCCACGUUUCGAUGAUCUCUACUACAUGCCAGGUGAUAAUCUAAAUAAGAAAUAUCAACGCACUUGGGCCGAAUGCACUACAUUUUUUGUGGCGCCAAAGCCGAUCUGUUGUUUUCCGCAAACCAAGUAUAAGCCACCAAAGCGAAAAAAACCACCAAGACCUAUUCCGCUAUGCGAUGACUUGAAGACAUGCCGUUUAACAAUGAUGUGUCGCAAUCACUUGUCGAAACGUUGUCCGAAACUCGCUUGGCCCGGUUGUAAGCCAGCGCGCGACCCACCAGACUGCCAUCUCAAGAGAGCAGAUUGUGGUCCGAGAAAGUGUACGCCUUAUCCGAGCUUUUCGGAAUGUUUGAAAGAUAAAGUGUCAGCGUUGAAGCCGGUUGAAUGUAAUUGUCUAAAGUUGGAACUGAGAUGUUGGAGUCACUAAGCUUUUGACCUACAAUGAAGCGCUGCAGAAGUUUCGCAACAGUGGUUGUCAAGAGAGAUGGUUGAUAGUUGAAAUGAAAGUAUGAAACUCAAUAGUUGCUGAUUUUUGGAAUACCAUUGAUGAUCUCAAUACGAUUUCAUCUAUGGUAUUUCCAAAAACCAGCAACUACUUUAGCCUAACGCUCUCUACCUAUUGGGAGGGACGAAAAAUUCUAUGUUGAAAAUUUAUAAAUGUCUUUUGUAAUGAAAGUAUAUAAUGGUCCCUAAAUCGACCGUAUAAAAAUUGUAAAACGUUAUACGAAAAUUCUCAAAAUAGA